AUGAGUGCUCCAAUUAAGAUAGUUAUGUUAGGGGAAGGUAGAGUAGGGAAGACUUGUUUGACUUUGAAAUAUUGUAAAGAUUAAUUCAAUGAGAAUCAGCAAUCUUCUAUUGAUGCUACAUUCUUUGAGAAGAGCGUAGAUCUAGGUGGAGGCAAGAAUAUAACAUUGGCCAUUUGGGAUACUGCAGGACAAGAGAUAUUUCAUGCCUUGACUACUGUUUAUUAUAGAGAUGCAUAUGGGGCAGUGUUAGUUUAUGAUGUGACAUAUAAGGAAUCAUUUAUGAAGGUUGAGAAAUGGGUCGAAGAAUUAAGAUCAUUUGGAACUAAAGAUAUUUCUAUUGUUGUUGCAGGUAACAAAAGUGACAUGAAAAAUCAGAUGUAGAUUGACAAGAAUGAAGUGGAAGAGUACUGCAAGAAGAUUGGAGCUAAGCAUUUCUUUACUUCAGCCAAAUCAGGUAUUGGCAUUAAUGAGAUGUUCAAGUCUUUGGGAGAGAGUAUCUCAAUCAAAGUUCAAGCAUAAGAAAGUAAAGGUAAGAAAAAGAAAGGGUUAUAAAUUAAAGAUGUAAAAGACCCUAAGAAAUAAAACUAAAAAAACGAUGGAUGUUGCUGAAAUUUAAUCAAAAAUUUAUUAAAUAUUAUAAUUUA